AGGACAUCUCUUUGGACUUCACCUGGGAUGAGUGGCAGGAUCUUGAUUCUGCUCAGAGGACACUCUACAGGGAUGUAAUGCUAGAGAAUUAUAGCAGCCUCAUGUUUUUGGGUUGUAGGUGCUGAGGAAACAAUCUGCUAUUCAGCUAUACAAAGUGGUUAACUGACAACCUCAUCUCGUAGACUAUGGAUCCACUUAGCCUUUGAGUCAAGGACAUGCUCUUCCCCACCCUAUCGCCGAGUACUGUGGAUAGUAUGGCCUGGUCAUCUCUAUGUAUGUCAGUAUCCUCUAGUGAGCAACCUUUUCUCCAGGACUCCCAGUUUGGUGAUCAAAGACCCUUAAACCAGUGUUUUGGUCUUAAGCCUCCCCUGUUCAAUCCUGCUUCCUCCUCACUCUACACAGAUUUCAGAUCUUAACUGGAAGACUUGACCAGCACUAAUUCCUUUCACCUGUACCACUCACAAGCAGCCUCACCCACUACCUCUUAUCAGCCUCAUUCCAUUUCAGCACUUAAAGCAUUUUUUAAAAUUCAUUUUCAUUGUUAGAUUUCAACAAUAACAAAAACUACAGAAAACCUACAAUCUCAUGGAAGCUGAAUAAUGCUCAACUGUUAAGGAAGAAAUAGAGAAAGAAAUUAAAGGCUUCCUAGAGAUCAACGAAAAUGAAGACACCACAUACCCAAACUUAUGGGACACUAUGAAAGCAGUACUAAGAGGGACAUUCAUAGCAUUAAAUGCCCACAUAAAGAAGUUGGAGAAAACUCACACUAGUGACUUAACAGCACACCUGAAACCUCUAGAACAAGAAGCAGCAAAGUCUCCCAGGAAAAAUAGACGCCAGGAAAUUAUCAAAGUGAGAGCUGAAAUCAAUAAAAUAGAAACAAAGAGAACAAUACAAAAAAUUAAUGAAACAAAGAGUUGGUUCUUUGAGAAAAUCAACAAGAUAGACAAGCCCUUAUCCAAACUAACCAAAAGACAGAAAGAGAGCAUCCAAAUCAACAAAAUCAGAAAUGAAAAGGGGGACAUAACAACAGACAUUGAGGAAAUCCAGAGAAUCAUCAGGUCAUACUUCAAAAACCUCUACUCCACAAAACUGGAAAACUGAAAAGAAAUGGAUAAUUUCCUGGAUAGGUACCACAUACCUAAGUUAAAUCAAGACCAGAUAAACUAUUUAAAUAGUCCAAUAACCCCUAACGAAAUAGAAACAGUCAUUAAAAGUCUCCCAACCAAAAAAAGCCCAGGACCAGAUGGUUUCAGCACAGAAUUCUACCAGAUCUUCAAAGAAGAGUUAAUACCAAUACUCUCUAAAUUGUUCCACACAAUAGAAACAGAAGGAACAUUACCAAAUUCCUUCUAUUAGGCUACAAUUACCCUGAUUCUUAAACCAAACAAGGAUACAACAAAGAAAGAGAACUACAGACCGAUCUCCCUCAUGAACAUUGAUGCAAAAAUACUCAAUAAAGUACUGGCAAACAGACUCCAAGAACACAUCAAAACAAUUAUCCACCAUGAUCAAGUAGGCUUCAUUCCAAGGAUGCAAGGGUAGUUCAACAUACAAAAGUCCAUCAAUGUAAUACACCAUAUAAACAAACUCAAAGGAAAAAACCACAUGAUCAUCUCACUAGAUGCAGAAAAGGCAUUUGACAAAAUCCAAAACCCCUUCAUGAUAAAGGUCUUGGAGCGAUCAGGAAUACAGGGAACAUACCUAAACAUAAUAAAGGCAAUUUACAGCAAGCCAACAGCCAACACCAAAUUAAAUGGAGAGAAACUCAAAGCAAUUCCACUAAAAUCAGGAACGAGGCAAGGCUGUCCGCUCUGCCCAUACUUAUUCAAUAUAGUACUUGAAGUUCUAGCCAGAGCAAUAAGAGAACAUAAGGAGAUUAAGGGGAUACAAAUUGGAAAGGAAGAAGUCAAGCUUUCCCUAUUUGCAGAUGACAUGAUAGUAUACUUGAGUGACCCCAAAGAUUCAACCAAGGAACUAAUAAAGCUUAUAAACACCCUCAGCAACAUAGCAGGAUACAAGAUCAACUCAAAAAAAUCAGUAGCCCUCCUAUAUACAAUGGACAAAGAAGCUAAGAAGGAAAUCAGAGAUACAUCACCCUUUACAAUAGCUACAAAUGACAUAAAAUACCUUAGGCUAACACUAACCAAGCCAGUGAAGGAGCUAUAUGAAAAGAACUUUAAGUCCCUGAAAAAAAGAAAUUGAAGAAGAUGUCAGAAAAUGGAAAGAGCUCCCAUGCUCAUGGAUAGGCAGGACUAACAUAGUAAAAAUGACAAUCUUACCAAAAGCAAUCUACAGAUUCAAUGCAAUCCCCAUCAAAAUACCAACACAAUUCUUCACAGACCUGGAAAGAGUAAUACUCAACUUUAUAUGGAAAAACAAAAUACCCAGGAUAGCCAAAAGAAUCUUGUACAAUAACACAACCUCUGGAGGCAUCACGAUCCCUGACUUCAAGCUCCACUAUAGAGCUACAGUAAUAAAAACAGCUUGGUACUGGCAUAAAAACCAACAUGUGGACCAAUGGAAUCGAAUUGAAGACCCUGACAUUAAUCCGCACACCUAUGAACAUACAAUUUUUGACAAAGAAGCCAAAAGUGCACAAUGGAAAAAAGAAAACAUCUUCAACAAAUGGUGCUGGCAUAACUGGAUAUCAACAUGUAGAAGGCUGCAAAUAGUUCCAUAUCUAUCACCGUGCACAAAACUUAAGUCCAAGUGGAUCAAGGAACUCAACAUAAAUCCAGCUACUCUGAACCUGCUAGAAGAGAAAGUAGGAAGUAGUCUUGAACGCAUUGGCACAGGAGAUCACUUCCUAAAUAUAACACCAGUAUCACAGACACUGAGAGAAACAAUCAAUCAAUGGGACCUCUUAAAACUGAGAAGCUUUUGUAGAGCAAAGGAUACGGUCAACAAGGCAAAGUAACAGCCUACAGAAUGGGAAAAGGUCUUUACCAACCCCACAUCUGACAGAGAACUGAUAUCCAGAAUAUAUAAGGAACUCAAGAAAUUAGACAUCAAAAUGCCCAACAGUCCAAUUAAGAAAUGGGCUAUAGAACUAAACAGAGAAUUCUCAACAGAGAAAGCUCAAAUGGCUGAAAGACAUUUAAGGAAUUGCUCAACAUCCCUAAUCAUCAGGGAAAUGAAAAUCAAAACAACUCUGAGAUACCACCUUAUACCUGUCAGAAUGGCUAAGAUCAAAAACACUGAAGACACCUUAUGCUGGAGAGGAUGUGGAGCUAGGGGAACUCUCUUCCACUGGUGGUUGGAAUGCAAGCUUGUACAACCACUUUGGAAAUCAAUAUGGCACUUUCUUAGAAAUUGGGAAUCAAUCUCCCCCAAGAUCCAGCUAUACCACUCUUGGGCAUAUACCCAAGGAAUGCUCAAUCAUACCACAAGAGCACUUGUUCAGCUAUGUUCAUAUCAGCAUUGUUUGUAAUAGCCAGAACAUGGAAACAACCUAGAUGCCCUUCAACUGAAGAAUGGAUAAACAAAUUGUGGUACAUAUACACAAUGGAAUACUACUCAGCAUAGAAAAACAAUGACAUCAUGAGGUUUGCAAGCAAAUGGAUGGAUCUACAAAAAAUCAUCCUGAGUGAGGUAACCCAGACUCAGAAAGACGAACAUGGUAUGUACUCACUCAUAGGAGGAACAAGGAUGACUGGACUGCUACUCACAUCACCAGGGAGGCUACCUGGAAAACAGGACCCCAAGAAAGACACGGGGAUCGCCCAAUGACGGAGAAAUGGAAGAGAUCUAUAUGAACAGCCUGGACAUAAGUGGGGGUAAUGGAAGGCGAGGGUCAAGGGAACGAGAGGGUCAAGGGAGCGGCGGGAGUUCCCAGCUGGAUCAACAAUAGAGAGGGAGAACAAGGAAUAGGAGACCAUGAUAAAUGAAGACCAUAUGAGAAUAGGAAGAAGCAAAGUGCUAGAGAGGCCCACAGAAAUCACAAAGAUACCCACACAACAAACUGCUGGCAAUGGUCGAGAGACAGCCGGAACUGACCUUCUCUGGUGAUGGGAUGACCAAACACCCUAAUUGUCAUGCUAGAAACCCCAUCAACGACUGAGGGAUCUGGAUGCAGAGAACCAUGGCUAGGCCCCGGCUGGAGCUCUGGGAGUCCAAUUAGCGAGAAAGAGGAGGGUUUAUAUGAGCGAGAAUUGUUGAGACCAAGGUUGGAUAAAGCACAGGGACAAAUAGCCAGACGAAUGGAAACAUAUGAACUAUGAACCAAUGGCUGAGGAGCCCCCAACUGGAUCAGGCCCUCUGAAUCGGACACUGCACGACUAAACCUGAGUUGAUCUUCAAGUUAGAGCAUGGAUUUGGGCCAUGGAGUUUAGCAGAAGCCUCUAUCCAGAGCCUUCCAGUAGUGAUGGAGAUUGAGGCUACAAAUGAAGGCUGCUGAUGGAAAAGACCCUGACAUAAAAUGAGAAGAGCUAGCCUACACCUGCACCAAUGGCACUCUGGAAACUCAGCCAUUGUGGCAAAAGAGCAAGCAAAAGUGACAACUGUGCCACAACAUGAUCACUCUAAUAACUUAACUCAGUGACUGAAUUGUCAUAUGUGUCACUGGGGUAGUUAGAGGCCUUAGUGAGGAAGCUACUGCUCAUGUUUUCCUAAAUGGACCUGAUGUGCCUGUCAGAUUGCUGGUUAAAUAUUCAUGCAUGUAUCUAUAGAUUAAUGCCAGUGUCAGCUUCGGUCAGAGAAGCUUACUUUUGCAGUAAGUACUGGUUACAGUAGGAUUCAUGACUGGUCAAAGUGCUAAAACAUGAAUGUGUUGGACAUGGUAGUGAGUCAGGAAGAUCUCUGUGAGUUAUUAAGCCAGCCUGGUCUACAUAGUGAGUUCUAUUACAGCCAGGACUACAUAGAGAGAUUAUGUCUCAAAAAGAAAAGAAAAAAGGGGGGAAGAGGAGAAAUAAAUGAAUGGAGUGAUCCAUCUAAACUGAGAACAUUUCAUUUAAUGUAAGGGACAAUACAAGGUGUUCACUCUUGAAUCUUUUUCAAACAGAUGUUAAUUUUAUAAUGAGCAGAAAAGCAAGCAAAAGAAACCAAGAAAUACAAGUUAAGAAAGAAAUAAGUGAUAAUUCAAUUUUCCGGUGACAUGCCCUUAUAUUUCAAUGACCAUAGGGCUCUUAAACAUUGUCUUUAAGUAGCAGGUUACACAAUAAACAUAGCAAAUUGGUUACAUCUCCUUACCUCCCUCCUUUUUCUGCUAAGAAUAAGAUCCAGGGUCUUAACAUAUAUCAAGUGCUGUAAUUCAUUGAUAGGGCUUCAAGCUGUGCAGUAACUUGUUUUGAAACAGCAUCUCAUGUAGCCUAGGAUGACCUUGAUUUUAAUUUAAGAUCACCUUGAAUUUCUAAAAUGGUGUCACCUUGCCUAGUUUUAUGUAGUGCUGGGGAUUGAAACCAGGACUUUGCUGGGCAUACACUCUACCAGCUGAACUUUAUCCUUAGCUUCCAGUAUCUUUUCUACAUUUGAAAAAUGAACAUGUUGAGGAGGAAAUGAAGAAAACAAUGUAAUUUAAAAUUGCUUUAAAAAAAUCUAAGCUGCCUAGGAAUACUCUAAAUUGUGUGUACUGUUAAAACUUUAACACAGUUUUGAAAUUGAGAUGUUAGCAACAUAGCUCAGUGGAUAAAGGGACUUGAGUUUAAUCCAAGACUAUUAUUGUGGAAGGAGAGAACUAUUAUGUAUUUGUCCUCUGACCUCCACACAUGUGGUUUGGUUUGUGUGCACUCUCACAUAUAAACAAAUAAUUAAACGUGAUUUUUUUAAAAGGGAGAUUGAAGAAGACACUAGAGUAAAGACCUCACAUGUUCCUUUAUUAAUGCAAUUAAUAUACUCAAAAUUAAUGCAAUUAAUAUACUCAAAACUUAUUUUUUAAGUUUAUUAUUAUUAUUCAGUGUUUGGGCAUGCUGUGUAUGACAGGACAUGUGUAUUAUAGCAUGUAUGUGUGAGUCAAAGGACAACUAUAUGGAGUUCUUUCCUUCCACCUUUAUGUAAGUUCUAAUGAUUGAACUCACAUUACCAGGCUUGCACAGCAAGCAUCUUUUCCAGCUGAGCUAUCUAGCCAGCCCCUCAAAUAUCCUUUUUUUUUUGGGGGGGGGGUGUUUUUUUUUUCGAGACAGGCUUUUUCUGUGUAUUUUUGGUGCCUGUCCUGGAUCUUGCUCUGUAGACCAGGCUGGCCUCGAACUCACAGAGAUCCGCCUGGCUCUGCCUCCCGAGUGCUAGGAUUAAAGGCUUGUGCCACCACUGCCCAUCAAAUAUCCUUUUAAUGAAAGCUAUCUAUACAUUCAAGGCAUUCCCAGGAAAUGAUAACUUAUUCUUUAGAAAACAGGAAAAUAUAAACAUGUAAUUGUUUUACAAAAGAAAUAAGUCCAGCCAGCCAAUGGAAUCCUGUAGAAAAGGUGUGAUGCUGGACAUACCUGCUUCCAAAUAAUGCUACAAGAGCUAUUUUAGCAAAAAUAGUAAGCUGUUGGCAGAAACCAUUAUCACAGACACUGUAAUGGACUAACACAAUGAUGCAAAAGUAUAUUCACACAACUGUAACCAUCUUUUUCUCAAAUUACAAAGAAUCAAUAUUUCAUCAAAAGGACUUUAAAAGAGAGUUUUAUAAAAAGUAGAUCUCUGCACAUAAAAGACUGAACCUAGACAGGUAUUUCUUCCCCUGUACUUAUGGAAGAGACCUUAAUAGAAGGCCUUUAAUCUUGAAACAGCUGGAGAAAUUCAUGUGAAUACAAUUGAAUAAGCCAAGUAUUUUGACUUUUGAAUAAAAUGUAAACACCUGUAGAAUGUGAACGUAUAGCAGGGCAUGGUGAUUCAUGCGUAAAACCCCCAAAGUCAGAGGACUUCAAGGUCAUCUUCCACAUACUAAGUUCAAGACCAGAAAAUGACAGAUGAGACUAGAUUUCGAACAAAAACAGCUACAAUAACAUAAAAUGAAUACAUUUCCUAAAUUUAAAAUUUCUACCCAGCAAUAACCAGAGUGGAGAAGUCCUAUGGAGAAGUAUCCAUAGAAAAGAAAUACCUUUGCUAGGUAAUCAUUCAAUAUGGGAUUAAUACUGAGAAUAUGUGAAGAAAGAACACAUACACACAGUUGGUGAUAAUAUAGAAUUAUUCAGCUGUGAUGCAGGUCUCCUGUGUCUGGCUAUAUGUGUGAUGGGAUUAAGGAUACAGUGGCUGCCCAUCAAGUCCCAUGCUCACAGUAACCAAGAUAUGAUAUCAUCCUUUGUGUUCAUCAUUAGAUUCGUCAUAAAAGAUGAGGCACAUUUCUGGUGUAUUAGUCAACUGUGAGAAGAAUCAGAUUGGUUUAGGCAUGGUGGCACACACCUUUAAUCCCAUGGAGUAUUCAGUGUUUAUUUGUAAGAUGAAGUAAAUAAUUUUUAUAUUCUUCAUGAAGAAAUAAAAUGUGUACCAUUAUCAAAAGUCAAUAUUAUUUUAUAGUUUCUAUGAGAAUGAGAAGACACAUGAAAAAGAUUUUAGAGUUAUUCAUGGACGGGGAUAUUUUCAAUGUCAUUUUAGGUGUUCAUAAAAUGACUGUCCCAAUUGAGAAUGACCAGGAAUAUCACAAGGGACUUUUGUGGCAAGUUGAAAUCACCAACAGCCAGACAUCAAGUGAAGAAACUGUUGAAGCAGAACUGAAGGUGGCACAGAAAAUCUGCCAGGGGACAUCUUAUGAAGGGAAAGGAUGUGUGAAGAUGUUUUGCCAACAGUCACAGCGCAGAAGGGAUCAGAGCACACUCUCAUGUAAGAAAACUUUCAGUUAUAAAUCACUUCUCAAUAACGGUCAGAGCCCUUUAGAGGAGACACCCUAUACACAUAGACAGUGCAGGAAUACAUUCUCUUGGAAGUCACACCUCACUGAACAUCAAAGAAGUUGUAUAGAUGAGAAGCCAUAUGAAAGUUCAGGAUAUGGGAAAGCUUCCCACACCAAGUCUCAGCAUCAAAUUACUCAUACAGAUGAGAAGCCCUACAAAUGUCUGGAAUGUGGGAAAUACUUCUACUACAAGUCACAAAUCACUGAACAUCAGAGAAGUCAUACAGGUGAGAAGCCUUAUGAGUGUACAGAAUGUGGAAAAUCUUUCAGCUAUAAGUCACAUCUCACUGUCCACCAGAGAAGUCAUACAGGUGAAAAGCCACAUGAAUGUACAGAAUGUAGGAAAGUUUUUUACUAUAAGUCACAACUCACUCGACACCAAAGAAGUCAUACAGGAGAGAAACCCUAUGAAUGUGUGAAAUGUGGAAAAUCUUUCUACUGUAACACGCAUCUUUCUCUACAUCAGAGAAUUCAUGUAAGUGAGAAACCUUUUGAGUGUACAGAAUGUGGGAAAACUUUCUCUUUCAGUGCGUGCCUCACUCGACAUCAAAGGACUCAUACAGAUGAGAAGCCAUAUGAAUGUACACAGUGCCCCAAAGUUUUCCACUUUAAGAAACAACUUACUCAUCAUCUGAAAACUCAUACUGCUGAGAAGCGCUUUGAAUGUAAACAAUGUGGGAAAGCAUUUUACUGGAGGUCUAACCUUAGUGUGCAUCAGAAAACUCAUAGUGGUGAGAAGCCUUUUGAAUGUAAACAAUGUGGAAAAGCAUUUUACUGUAAGUCCCACCUCACUGUACAUCAGAGAACUCAUAUAAGUGAAAAGCUCUAUCAAUGUACAGAAUGUAGGAAAGCAUUCUAUUCUCAGACACAGCUUACUGUACAUCAGAAAACUCACACUGAUGAGAAGCCAUAUGAAUGUAAGCAAUGUGGGAAAACAUUCUACAGCAAGUCUGGGCUUACUGCACAUCAGAAAACUCACACAGGUGAGAAGCCGUAUGAAUGUAAACAAUGUGGAAAAGCAUUCUAUAAUAAGUACUUGCUCAUUGAGCAUCAUCGAGUUCACACAGGUGAGAAGCCCUAUCAAUGUACAGAAUGCAAGAAAGCAUUCUACUGCAAGAAAUAUCUUUCUCUACAUCAGAAAACUCAUGCAAGUGAGAAAUCAUUUCAUUGUGCAGAAUGUGGAAAAGCCUUUUCCUGGAUGUCACACCUCACUCAACAUCAGAGAAUUCAUACAGGUGUGAAGCCCUAUGCAUGUGAACAAUGUAGGAAAGCUUACUACUUCAAGAAACAGCUCACUCGACAUCAAAGAACUCAUACACAUGAGAAGUCAUUAGAUGUAAAUAAUACAGGAGAACAAUUCAAAGCAAAUGCAACUUCUCUGUGUAUGAAAGAAUUCAUACAAAGGAGAAACUCUGUAAGUGUACCAAAUGCAGAAAUUUUUCUUUCUCAUGUCACACCUUACUCAAAGUCAGAUGAGAAAGCCUAAGGACGUAAAGAAUCAAUGAAAUUUUACUAAAGUGUAUAAUCAGAAAGUUUGCAGGUGAAAAUCUGAUUAAUUUUAAAAGUAUGGUAAACUUCUAGAGUAAAUCAGCUGUUAUUCUAUCAAUGAACACAUAACCACAGUGAGACAUAUCUCUGUAAAAUUGAAGGCAUGGUACCACAGUGCUCUGUAAGAGAAGCCAUAUGUGUGAAUGUCUCCUAUGAAGUUAAAAAAUGUAGAAAAGCUGUGUCAUUCUUCAAUUGACUUGAAUAUACUGUAAGUAACACCGAAUGUUAAGAACAGAGGAAAGUUUUCUAAUAUUAAGCCCCUUGAAUUCACACAUGGAAACUUAUGCAGGUGUGGGGCCCAAUGAAAUUAAUGAAAAUGGACAUGUUUUGAUUUGUUUUGUUUUUUUCGAGACAGGGUUUCUCUGUGUAGUUUCAAACUCACGGAGAUCCUCCUGGCUCUGCCUCCUGAGUGUUGGGAUUAAAGUUGUGCACCACCACCACCACCCAGUCUGACAUGUUUUAAAAUAGAAAUCAGGCUUCUACAUUAGAAACUUCAUAUAUGAUAUGCCAGGUACAGCAAAAAUUGUAGUGAUGUAUAUUACCACAUGCUUUCAAUUCUAGAUCCUCAUCCUGCAGUUUUAUUGAGACUCUGUGGCUGAAGACUAGCCUUAGCAGCAGAUGAUCUUAUUCCAUAUGAUUAAAAGCAGUAAAGCCUACUUGAAGUGUCCCAUGUCAGGUAAAGACAUUGCAACCCAUAUAUUUAAAACCCUAAGAAUAUAAAGAGUGCCAAAAAUUUUAAAUUGAACUUGAAAGUGAUCUGGCAUCAGAAACCCAAUAGAGGUGAUUAACCAGAGGAGUCCAAUUUGAAAACACUUCAGUAGUUGAACUGAGUUUAUUACAGAUUUGCCAAUAAAUUAUAGAUGUAACGAUUCUAGAAAAGGCAUUCAGCCAUGCUCCCACAGUACCAGCCAUCAGAUAACUUAUGCAAGUGAGAGCGUAUUUGAAGUUUAGAAGUAUACUUGGCUUAAAUGUGACUCAGUGGCAGUAGGCUUAUGAGUCUUGUAUUUACACAGGAGUUUUCAUGUGUCAUCUUGGUUUAGAAUAUUUACAUUCAUGGGGCAUUUGUAUAUCAGGUAAAAUUGUCUAUAAGUUUUAAUGUCCCAUUUUUAUGAACAUUUUUAAUGUGUCACAUUUUUAUAAUUGUUUAGUUUUGAGACAAAAUCUUGAUGUCUAGCUUGAGUGUCCUCUGAUUUCUACAUGUGCAUAGUUAGGUACCUCCCCCCACACACACACACAUACAGAACAUAUACACACAGUAGAAAAAUAUCAAUUUUUUUAUGCAUUAGGAAAUUGUAUAACAAAACAUCAGGAUAGGUAAUUUUCAUGUUACUCUUCAAAUGGAAUUUUGCUUAAAUGUGCUAUUAAAAGUUAAAAUGUUUAACUAUAAUCCAAUAAAGAAACAUAAUAACGGACCUUGCCAAUAUCCAUUAGGCAACUUUUUUUACUUUGGGGGUCUUUUUUUCCUUAUUGUAAUGCUUUGGAUCAAAACCACAGACUUGGGCAUUCUAGACAAGUGGUCUAUCCUGAGAUAUAGGUCCCUAGGCAAUGUUUUGAUGAAUUUGUGGUCAUUGGAACUUUGUAGUUCAGUCUAAUCUAUUAAAGCCCAUACAUACAUAAAUAUCUGUGCUUUGUGGAUAGUGGACUUUAUUUCCUUGAGUGGCUUCAGCAUGACCAUAUAGAAUAUGUGAAGUUUGUUUAAAAAUAUAGGAACUGAAGGUCAGAGUGUACCUUAAUAAUAGGGCAUAUGCUUCUGCAUGUAUACUUUAUAACUGUAAUCCCAGCACACACAAAGGAUAUAGACAUUUAAAGAUAGGAAGCAUAAUACAAAGAAAGGGUAUUAGAUUCAAAGUCAUGUCUUUGUGACCUUGACCAACAAUGCUGCACAUUCUAAACUUUAAGAUACUUCCCCAAAUAGUGCCCCCAAUUUGAAUAUCAAACACUCAGAACAUAGACAUCAGACAGAGAUUCCAUGUAGCUGCACAGAAUGUAGUGACUAUGUCCCCAAAUUGUUGUUUCCCACUAUUUUACAGAAGCUUAGGAGAUUAUUUAUGAAGCAAAUACAACUAAAACCAAUCAACUCAAAGAUAAACAAAAUAUAUAAAGCAUUUAGGAAUGAAUAACACAUUUUAAUCAGAUUAAAAUAUGCACAGUAGUUAACAUCAUAAAAGUGAGAGGCACAACAUCAAUGAAAUAACAUUUAAGUAAAGAGGGGAAAAUAAAAAUCAGAUACAGAGUUUUAUGUUUUGCAGAGUCUUUAAAGAGCUAACUAGAGGACACAGUCAAUUCAAGUUAUACAUAAUUUCAUAAAAAAUAAAAUUAAAAUAAAUGCUGAUGAGAAUCUUGAAUUACA